AUGGCCUCUUUUUCAUCCUCUUCUUCAGUCACCUCUCCAUGGCUCUACGAUGUGUUCUUGAGCUUUAGAGGAGAAGAUACUCGUAAUAAUUUUAUUUCCCAUCUGUACUAUGUUUUAGUUACAAAGGGAAUCCACGUCUACAAAGAUGACGUUGAACUUAGAAGAGGUACUGAGAUCUCACCCACACUUUUCCAAGCUAUAGAAAGUUCAAGGAUUUCCAUCAUUGGACUCUCAGAAAAUUAUGCAUCGUCAAGAUGGUGUUUGAACGAGUUAGUGAAGAUUCUGGAGUGUAAAGACUCUAAGCAACAAAUAGUUCUACCUAUAUUUUACCGUGUAGAUCCAUCGGAUGUACGCCAUCAAAGAGGAAGUUUUGGCGAAGUUUUGGCUGUACAUGCUAAGAAAUUGUAUGAUGACAUGAGCUUGCAGAGGUGGAAGGUAGCCCUACGAGACGUUGCCAGUUUGUCCGGAUACCAUGUGACUUAUGACCGGUAUUUCUAAAUUUCUAAGUACUGCUUACUUUGUGCCUUCCAUGCAUGAUUUUUCACCCAUUUGAACAAAACUAAAUAAAAAUCGAAAUUUUUGUUUGGCCUUUUGAUGGUCGCCAACUAAAGUACAAGCAUGCUGAGAUAUAUAGUACUAUCACGCACCUAAAUUUAUUUAUUAUUUAUCAUUUUUUUUUGUUUUAUUAUUCAAUUUUCAAGAAAAUCAAAUUUAAGUUAAUUAGAAGCCUGUGUCUUUUUGAAGAAUUCAAUGUUGGGAAUUUGGACCUCCAAAUUCACCCCCCCUAGGAUCUACCCUUUGCAGGAAUAACAAGAAAAAUAGAGAAAUAAUAACAACACAAGAAAUUUACGUGG